AUGUGUAAGCCGGAAGAAACGGCCCAACCGGCAAGGGAAGACUGCAAGUCUCCAUACCAGAGAUUAAGUCGGAGGAUGCUGGACAUCUCUGGAGACCGGGGUGUGCUGAAGGACGUCAUCCGGGAGGGUGCUGGAGAGCUGGUGACUCCUGAGGCGUCGGUGCUAGUGAAGUAUUCCGGGUACCUGGAGCACAUGGACAAGCCGUUUGAUUCUAACUGCUUUAGGAGGGUGCCUCGGCUGAUGAAGCUCGGAGAGGAUAUUACCCUUUGGGGCAUGGAGUUGGGCCUCCUGAGCAUGCGGAAGGGAGAGCUGGCCAGGUUUCUGUUCACACCGACUUACGCCUACGGAACGCUGGGCUGCCCUCCCUUGAUCCCCCCAAACACCACUGUCCUGUUUGAGAUCGAGCUGCUUGACUUCUUGGACUCUGCAGAGUCAGACAAGUUUUGUGCCCUCUCAGCCGAGCAACAGGACCAGUUUCCACUUCAGAAGGUCCUAAAAGUGGCAGCUACUGAAAGGGAGUUUGGCAACUACCUUUUCCGCCAGGGUCGUUUCUAUGAUGCCAAAGUGAGAUAUAAACGGGCAUUACUGCUUCUCCGUCGGCGAUCAGCACCCACUGAAGAGCAGCACCUGGUGGCAUCUGCCAAGCUGCUCAUUCUCCUUAACCUGUCCUUUACGUACCUGAAGCUGGAGCGCCCCACCUCAGCCCUGCGCUAUGGAGAGCAGGCUCUGCUCAUUGACCAAAAGAAUGCCAAGGCGCUCUUCCGGUGUGGACAGGCCUGUAUCGUUAUGACUGAGUAUCAGAAGGCCCGGGAUUUUCUGGUCCGAGCCCAGAAGGAACAGCCCUUCAAUCAUGAUAUCAAUAAUGAGCUGAGGAAACUGGCCAGCUGUUACAGGGACUACGUGGAUAAAGAGAAGGAAAUGUGUCACCGAAUGUUUGCUCCUUGUGAUAAUGGCUCCAUAGGGGGAGAAAACGGAAGAUUCUCCAUGUGA